AUGCCUCUCUUCAGCCUGAUGCCUCUCUUCAGCCUGAUGCCUGUACUCAGCCUGAUGCCUCCUGAAGCCUCUACUCAGCCUGAAGCCUCUACUCAGCCUGAAGCCUCUACUCAGCCUGAAGCCUCUACUCAGCCGGAUGCCUCUACUCAGCCUGAAGCCUCUACUCAGCCUGAAGCCUCUACUCAGCCUGAAGCCUCUACUCAGCCGGAUGCCUCUACUCAGCCGGAUGCUUCUACCCAGCAUAAUGAACUGAUCCAGCCUGAUGAUCCUAUUAGGCCAGUUGACUCGAUGCCCGCUGUUGAUCCAGAUGAUCCGGUGCCCGCUGUCGUGCCAAUUGACUCAGAGCCCGCUGUUGUACCUGGUGACUCGGUGCCCACUGCCUUGCCAGAUGACGCGGUGCCCGCUGGCGAGCCAAAUGACCUGAUGCCUGGUGACCCAGUGCCCGCUGUCAUACCUGGUGACCCGAUGCCCGCUGUCGAGCCAGACAAUCGGUACCUGAUGACCCGGUGACCGCUGUCGUGCCA